UCAAUGCAAACAUGUCAAAAAUGCGUAUAUUAUGCGACCCGGUUUCCUCUGAACUUAAACGUACGAGCAAGAGUGCCCAACACUACAAAAAUUUGCGGGAGGAGAAAACGAUACGUCGUUCAUAAAAAUCGGAAGAAGCAAUUAAAGCAAUAAAGAGGCAGACCGGUUAAAGCGCAGCUUGCUACGAGAGCUCUGUGUGAAAACAGUGCUUAUACAAAGAAGAUAUCUAAUAUAGUGAAGAAAACAUAAAACCACAGCGGCGGCAGGAUGGGCAAUCGUGAUGAUGAAUAUGAUUAUUUAUUCAAAGUUGUACUGAUCGGAGACUCGGGAGUCGGAAAAAGUAACCUGCUAUCGAGAUUUACUAGGAAUGAGUUUAAUCUUGAAUCUAAAUCAACCAUAGGUGUGGAAUUUGCUACUAGAAGUAUAGAGGUCGAUGGUAAAACUAUUAAGGCCCAGAUCUGGGAUACUGCUGGACAGGAGCGCUAUCGUGCGAUAACUUCAGCGUACUAUCGUGGUGCUGUGGGGGCUUUGCUCGUGUACGACAUUGCGAAGCAUUUGACCUACGAGAACGUCGAACGAUGGCUUCGGGAGCUGCGUGAUCAUGCUGAUCAAAAUAUUGUCAUCAUGCUUGUUGGAAACAAGAGUGAUUUACGGCAUCUGCGUGCCGUACCUACGGAUGAGGCGAAGGGUUUCGCAGAACGCAACGGGCUCAGCUUCAUUGAAACGUCAGCGUUGGACUCGACUAAUGUCGAAACAGCAUUCCAAAACAUACUCACAGAGAUCUACCGAAUUGUGUCGCAAAAGCAAAUCCGAGAUCCGCCAGAAGGCAGCGUAAUUAGACCGAACUUGGAAAACAUCGACGUGAAGCCGACCAAUCCGACGACUGAUUCCGUGCGAAAACAAUGCUGCCAGUGACCGCCGCAAUCCGAAGAGACGUCCGUUCAUGAUGCUGUGUAUUCAGUAAUAACAUCAUCCAGCACUACUAUUUCUACUACAACUACAGAUAGUACUGCAAGCACUACUACUGCUACCGCCACCACGGUUACUACUGCAUCUAAUAUUACAGAAAAAGCUAAAAUUAAUUACAAUAUUGCUCCAAAUGAACCUAUUACUACUACCACUACUACUACAACUACCACCACCGCCACGGCAAAGAAGGCAUCAAACAUCGGCACCAUCCACAAUGGCGUUAAUUCUAAUAUAGGUGAUUGCUUCAACAUUGAGAUUUCCAGCUUCCAUAGAAAGAAGCCACCGACAGUUGAUGGUAACAAUUACGCUGGAAUGCUUUUAAUUUGAAGCAUAAUUGUGCGUGUGUGUGUGCCAAUAUGCUAGAGCAUUCCUUUCCUUUUUGGCUACAUCAUUACCCGGUGCAUGAUGGAAGUGUGUCACACUGUAGUGCAUUUUUAUAGAGACGAAAUUAAGCAACAGUAAAGAAGAAGAGUUGAUUAUGUGUGCUUGUUUUUUCUACUUAUUCCAUUGUUUUUUUUUAUUAAUGCAACGUUUGAUUGUCUUAGAGCAUGGAGAUUCUGGAAAUAAAAAAAAUAUAUAGCGCUUUUUAUUCCAUAGAUGCGACAAAGUGAACUGUAAAGCUAUGCCAAAACACUGUGGACACUUCGUUUACUGUUACACACAUGAGUGUGUUUCACACAUUUCAGAAUGCAUGAAUGAUAAAAAUCUGCCUACGACAGCGGUGUUGUAAGAACAAACAAGAAUAUGCAUAACAUAAAAAAUAUGUGAUGAGUUUUAAUCUCUCUUUUGCAAACGGAGAGGAGAGUUAUGAAAGUGAACAACAAUUAACAAUAGAACAAUGUUUUCUCUAAAAUAUUGAUGAAGUGUAUCAAACCAUGUAUAUGACACAUGUUUCAACAGAAUACCAGAAAAAUAUAUAAUAUUAUAUAAUUCUAGUGAUGAGUGUCAGUCCCUUCGUGCUGCGAGCAAAUCCAUCUCGUAGUUGGUAGAGAGGUGAACAAAUGCGCGCUACUUUCUUGGAGGGCCGAAUCUCUUCUCACAUGCUGCUGAGGAAGGAUCUGUGUUCCAUUGUAAUAAUAGCGCGCGUGCAUUUGGUAGCAACCGUAACCGAGAAUAUCGUUUCGAUGCGUUGAUCAUUGCUGAUGUUAUGAACAUUGGAUUACACCCAUCUUGGCUUCGCAAGCGGUUAGUCGUGCAACGUACAUCUUUAUGCUUUUGUGUUAUUUAACAAGCACAUUUGAUAGAAAAGAUCCAGUUCAAUAAAAAAAUGAAACACCCAGCGGUAAAUAUGCGGACGAUAGUUGAUGUCAAAACAGGAAGCUUUGUUGUGUGAUGGCUUAAAAAAUCAAAACAGAAAAGGAACAGAAGUGUUUUAAUAUAAGAGAAAUAUCACUA